AUGGAUCGCCCGCCGCAUCUCGACAUCGACCUCAACGAGGAGCCCUCGCCGCCGCCGUGCGAGACGCCGCCGCCGCGGGACGCCGCUCCGCCCAUUUCGGCGGCGGCGGCGGCGGCGGCGGCGGUUGUUCCUCCAUUUCCGCCGCUGCUGCCGCAGGCGACGGCCGCGGGGGCGGGCGUCGUCAACCCGAUGGUGGCGCUCCCCUACGAGGCGCGGGAGAUGACGCUGAUGAUCCACCGGGAGGCGCAGGCCCAGGCGCUGAGGGCGGCGGCCGCGGCGGCGAUCGAGUCCGUGGCCGCCAGGGCGCCGCCGUUCGGGCCUCCGCCGCCCGCGCAGCACCCGGGGGAGGCCGGGUGGGGGAACCCGCCGCUCCCCUGCGUGGCGUGCGGCCGCCCCGAGAAGCACGGGGGCACCAUCGUCUGCGACGCCUGCGAGCGCGGGUUCCACCUCGCCUGCGUCCGCGUCUGGCCGCCGCUCAUGCCCCCGCCCCCUCCCCCGCCGCCCCCCGGCCCCCCCGGCGCGCGUCGGCCCCGUGCUGCCGCGAACGAGGACUGGAUAUGCCCCGAGUGCGAGAUGCGUGGCGCCCGCACCAACAGGUGGAAGCUCGGGCCCGUGCAGCUCGACAUCAACGUGCCCCCGCCGAGCACCCCCGACCCGGAGGACCCCGUUGCAGUCGCCACCAGAGAAGUCAACAGGCAGUUAUCUCAGCUCACUUAUUCUCAACUUAUAUUGCUUGCAGCUGACUUGAUCCUGAAUGCUGUUCUGAUUGCCAUUCGCUUGAAAGAUCUAACAAAUGCUCCAGAUGGAGCUUAUUUGACCGAGUUCACUGUGCAGUUGCCAAAUUUUGAAGGGCUUCACUUAAAGAACACUACUCUUUAUGAUGGGAAUCAGUUAAUACCAACAUUUGGUCUUGCUCACUGUCUCAGUAUGAAACAACAGUUUACUUCCAUGGAUCGGGAUAUCAUGGCUGAUGGAAACAUAGCGCAAAGGUCAGUUCAUUUACGCAGAAAGAGAAGGGAUCUUCCGCAGACAUCAUCACUACCCAAGUUUGCUGAGAAUCACGAGCUUGGAAGUGCCAAUAUGUUUAUGGAUCCAUCUUUGUACUCAAAAACAAUGGAGGGUAGCUCCACAGAAAACAAAAGUUCAUUAAAGCCUCCAAAAUUUCUUGUGGAAAACAGUAACCGUCGGCCACAUCAUCGUACAGUUGGCCUACCUGUUCAAUAUAAUGAUUUCUUUAUCACUAGUUUGGGAGAAAUCGAUAAACGGCCAAGCUAUCAUAAUUCCUUCCAGAUAUGGCCAGUUGGUUUUACCUCUUACUGGCAUGAUAGAAUUACUGGUUCACUGUUUGAGUGUGAGGUGUGUGAUGGAGGGAAUUUCGGGCCUUUGUUUAAGGUCAGAAGGUUAUCAUGUUCAGUGUUCCCACUUCCAGAUGCAUCAACCAUUCUCUCUCAAAAUGGUACAAGAAAGGCUGAGGCAAUAGAAACAAAUGAAAAUAACAGUUUGCUUGAAGAAACUGCUAAUGAUACAGAUGAUAAUAUCUUAAUGCUCCUAUCAGAUUCUUCAGAGACCAAUCAAGAUUUCUUAUCAUGUUUUAGCAAUGAUAUGGAGAGUAAAAGGACUUCUUUAGGUUGCGAUGAUUUACAUAGUUCAAAUAGGUCGGUACAGGCAGUACCGUCACACUUUGGGACUGACAAAAUUGGUGAGUUUACGUUUGAGGGAACAUCUCCUUCCUCAGUAUGGAGGAUGAUUUCUUGUGCUAUGAUGGAAGCUUGUGAAAAAAUGUACAAGGAACAUGGCCAUUUGGUGUUCUUCUGCACACAUGGUAGUGAAAAGCAUUUAUCUGACAACGGGAGUGGAUGUCAAAACUUUGGUCCUUACACUCCAUUAACUAGAUUUUGCUCAUCUUAUGGCCCCAGUAUACCAAGAGUUAUAGAAAAGGAGAAUGAUGUGGAGUCUACUUAUUCACUACUCAAAGAAUGGCUAUACCAAGAUAGAAUUGGGUUUGACUUGGAAUUUGUUCAAGAAAUUGUAGAAUCACUUCCUAGAUCUAAGGCUUGUUCAAAUUACCAGUUCUUGUGCAACAGGGCUGAAUUUGUCUCUUCUUUAACAGUUGCAAGUGGUUCACUUAGAGUUGUACAUAAAAAUGGUCAGAGUAAUGGAGAUGUCGUGUCAUAUGGCAGACAUGGAUCUGCAGUGACUGGAUUACAAGAUCAUAACCAGGCUAGCGGUUUCAGAAUCCGUGAGCUUCCUCUGGGACGUCCUAUUAGCAUUAAGCUUCCGCCAGAGUUGGCAGGAGAGGUUCUCCAGAUAUGGGAAUUUCUGGGGCGCUUUUCUGAAAUAAUUGGCCUGAAAGAAAUUCCUUCAUAUGAGCAGCUGGAAGAUGAACUUAUUGACCCAUGGCCAAUUUGUGCAAAUCAGAAGGAAAAGUUAUCAAAUGACAUCCAACAUGGUAGGGAUCACACUUCACCAAUGAAUUCUCCUGCAAAUGUUUCUACAUCAUAUUCAAAUGGUGAAUCAGGUCUGACCACCAAUGAAGAGAUUGUGUCUGUGUUUAUUCCUGUUGAAACUUCUUCUUUGAAGGAAGCUGCUCAAGAUAAAUUGGCAGCCCAAACGCUUGGAAGAUGUAGUGGUGUAGUGUUGCCUGGGGUUCACCUUACACUCUUUAGGGUUCUUUUUGGUGAGCUAUUAUCCAAGGUAGCAAUUUUUGUAGAUCCAAACAUUGACCCUAAAGAAUCAAAAACCAGGCGUGGAAGAAAGAGAGAUACUGAGAAUUCAGCAAAAGAAUUUAAGUUCGAUAUGCUAACAGCUAACAAGUUGACUUGGCCGGAAUUGGCAAGAAGGUAUAUUUUAGCCAUUUCUUCCAUAAGUGGGUGUAUGGACUUAUCUGAUAUUUCAAGUCGAGAAGGGGUGAAGCUAUUCCGCUGUCUACAAGGCGAUGGUGGUAUUCUGUGUGGUGCACUACCUGGGGUUGCUGGCAUGGAAAAGGAUGCAUCGCUGCUUGUGGAGGCUGAAAAUUUAAUAUGCAAAUCUUCAGUGAAUGAAGAAAGUAAGGUUUUUAUGAUGGAUCACAAGGAUACUGACAUGGUAGAUUCUCCUGAGGUGCCUGCUACUGAUAAUAAAAUAUUGCCUGACUGGGCAAAAUCACUGGAGCCUGUGAGAAAAUUACCAACAAAUGUGGGGACACGAAUUAGAAAAUGUGUUUAUGAAUCUUUGGAGAGAAAACCUCCGGAAUGGGCAAGAAAAAUUUUGGAGCAUUCAAUCAGUAAAGAGGUCUACAAGGGUAAUGCAUCUGGACCAACCAAGAAAGCAGUUUUAUCUGUGUUGACAGAAGCAUGCCGUGUAAAAGUACCACAUAAUCCAGAAAAGCCAAGAAAGGAGAGAAACACUAUAUCCAUCCCAGAGGCUAUCUUGAAGAAGUGCCGUAUUGCCCUGCGCUCUGCAAUUUCUUCAGAUGAAUCAAAGCUUUUUGGAAAUUUGCUUGGAACUACUCUAGUGAAUUCCAAUGAAAAUGAGGAUGAAGGCAUACUAGGAUUCCCUGGUAUGGUGUCUCGUCCUUUGGACUUCCGCACAAUUGAUAUAAGGUUGGCUAUGGGAGCUUACUAUGGAUCUUGGGAGGCUUUUCUUGAGGAUGUACAGGAAGUAAUACACAACCUGCACACUGCAUUUGGUGAUCGCCCUGAUGUUCUUGAAAUGGUUGUUGCGCUGUCUGAGAGUUUUGAGUCGUUAUACAAGACACAGGUGCUGGACCUUGUUGAGAAAUUUGACAAAUACCUCUCGGACAAAAAUGCUGGUUCAGAAAUGCACGAGGAGCUACAUGAUAUUUUAACUGCAUCUAACAGCUUACCUAAAGCUCCAUGGGAAGAUGGUGUUUGCAAAGUAUGUGGUAUUGAUAGAGAUGAUGAUAGUGUUCUGCUAUGCGACAAAUGUGACUCAGAGUACCAUACUUACUGCCUGAAUCCCCCGCUGGCCCGUAUACCAGAAGGAAAUUGGUAUUGUCCAUCAUGUAUGUUAGGUCAAAAGAAAGCACAUCUUGAUCAGGGUGCUCAAGAUGUGAAACGGCAGCAAAAGAAAUUUGUUGGGGAGGAAGCCCAUGCCUUUCAGGAGGAACUGAAUAAAUUAGUUACAGCAAUGGAAGAGAAGGAGUAUUGGGACCUUCGUAUACAAGAGAGGAUAUAUUUGCUGAAAUUUCUAUGUGAUGAAAUGCUCAACACAGCUUUAAUUAGAGAGCAUCUAGAUCAAUGUUCAGAUAAAUUAGGUGACCUUCAGCAGAAGUUUCGCUCUUCAAAUUUUGAAUUGAAAGAUUUGAAAUAUAAGGAGGAGAUAAGGACUUCACAUGCUAGACAAAGUAGAUCAAGCAAAACUGAGCAGCAUUUUAGCAAUAUUUCUGGACCGGUGGAAAAUCAACAGUGCACACCCAAAGCAUUGGACCAUCUGGAAGAGGGUGAACUAGGUAAUGUCGGAGUGAACCUCAACAACCCAGCUGACGGGGUUCGUGAUGGGCAAUUGAAUGUAGGCAGGCCUCACAAAAGUGACCAAGACAUAUCCAGUACAUCUAUGGUUGAAGAACAUAAAUCUUUGGGACUUUCUGAACAGCCAUCAGGAAUGGCUAUUGACCAGAUUGAUGGGGAUGCUAUUGAUGAAGGGUCGCAGACCCAGAGUUGUGAGAAGAGGCCAUUAGGUGUCAAAAGCAGUACAUGUGAUAACUUGAACUUGAGAGAAACUGAAACGAGCACACCUGGAAGAGAUUUGCCUGAUGAAAAUGCCAGUGCAUCAUUCCAAGAUAAUCUUGAAGCGUCAACAACUAAAUCAAUGGAGUUUGAUGCUGAUAAUAAUGAAAUGGAUACUUUAUCAGAUGAUAUUUCAAAAUUGCAGGAUUCAAUUAGCUUACUAGAGUCACAGAUUAAUAUGGCAUCAUCAAGAAGAGAGUGUCUGGGAAAGGAUUCCAUUGGUCGAUUAUACUGGGUUAUAGGAAGACCAGGUAAACAUCCUUGGUUGGUGGCUGAUGGAAGUAUGCUGAUAUCCAAGGAGAGAGAUAUCAGUAUGGUUAACAGCUAUCCCCUGUCUGCUUUUGAUUGUAGAGGUUGGAAUUCAGCAUCUAUUUUCAUUUAUGAAUCUGAUGAGGAAAUCCAGUGCCUUGUUGACUGGUUGAGAGACUAUGACCCAAGAGAGAAGGAACUGAAAGACUCUAUCUUGCAGUGGCAAAGACACCUCUGUCAUCAAAGCAGCUCUCCUCUCAUUGAUCCUCCGGUUUCCAAUUUUUCAAAGAGUGAACAACUUAUAGACCUUCCAAGGACCAAAGCUUCAGUACUUUUGGAACAAAAGUAUGGUCUGCAAUUGGACCAGGACACAAGUGAUCUAUCAAAAAAGCGAGGGAAGAAGGUAAAGUUAGGUUCUGAAGAAAGAACAUAUCGCUGUGACUGUUUAGAACCCAUAUGGCCUUCUCGAAAUCAUUGUUUAAUAUGUCAUGAGACUUAUCUCGUAUAUACAGAGUUUGAGGGGCAUAAUGAUGGAAAAUGCAGUAAAAUCCACCAGUCUCCUGAUGAAAGCAAAGAAAAUGAUGAGUCAAAAGUGAAAGUUCCCAAAUCUGAUAUGAAGGAAAAAGAUUCCCUUGAUCGUAGCUCUGUCAUUGAACCAUCUAGCGACAGAAAAUUUAUGCAAUGCCCAUAUGACUUUGAAGAAAUUUGCAGAAAGUUCAUCACAAACGAUUCAAACAAGGAGACAGUAAAGCAGAUUGGACUUAAUGGAUCGAAUGGAGUUCCAUCAUUUGUGCCUUCACCCGCAUUUUUUCUUGAACCUGCAAUUGUGCUAAAUCAAAAUAGAAAAGAUGGUGAACUCAAUGAUUGGACCUCCUGUUUAGAGGAAUGCAAUGCAAUGUCUGCCCAAAAGCUUGGGCAAGAGGUUUCCAAGUCUGCUCAAAUUUGUCCUGGCAAUAUGGGUGAUGAGAAGGUGCAAAAAUCUAAAAAGCCCACCCCUGAUAAUACUUCUGGUGAGGAAGCACACUCUACAACAGGCAAGCCGACAAGAGUGCUAGCUGUUAAUGGGGGCUUGGUUCCGGAGUCAUCCUUAAGGCCUGUUCUAGGACGAAACUCUCACAUCCUAAAGCAGCAAAAGAUAAACUUGCUUGACAUCGAAGCAACCUUGCCUGAGGAAGCACUGAGAGCCUCAAAGUCUCAGCAAAUAAGAAGGCGUUCGUGGCGUGCAUUUGUCAAGGACGCAGAUUCAAUAUCCCAGAUGGUAUUGGCGGCCAACUUGUUGGAGGGCAUGGUAAAAGCUGAGUUCUUGAAGAAUGAUUGGUGGUACUGGUCUUCCUUCACGGCAGCUAUGAAGACAUCAACUGUAUCUUCACUCGCCCUCAGGAUCUAUACUCUAGAUGAUUGUAUCAUCUACAGUAAGGAUCAAGUUUCAAACUCUGAGCCAGCUGACAAUACAAGGUCUGGAAACAAGGGGGGAAGGAGGAGGAGAGAGCCCGAAUCAUCAGCAUCAUAAUGUAGGACGCUCUGUUGUAGACUCCAAAGUUAGAAGCCUCUCGGGCAGCAAAAGAAUAUUAUCCUGCUGUCAAGUAGAUCGAUGAUAGAUGAUACAAAGUCAGUCUUCUGUUAUGUCGUCGUUUAAGGUAGCAUCGUAGCCUUUCGUUCCAGUCCCCCUGCAAGAGAGCUCAACACCCUGACUGUUUCCUUUUACCUCAUAUCUACCAGCCUACCGUUUUUCGACUUCUGUUGUGGUUUUAGGUUCCAGAAGGAAGAAUGGUACUCCAUGUGCGAGCAUUUGAUCCUGAUGCCGCCAUGUAAAUUUGUUUGAGGGAUGGCACGUUGGCACCUGCAAGUGCUGGCAUCUUGAUCUAAUCCGCCAGGAGUAUCCGGUGCAAUUUUCUACUCUAUUGGACUAACCUUAUUCAUUGUAGAGGUUAUCCAUAGGAAUGCCUGUCCUGCCCUCUCCUGGAGACAUUUCUGGUUCGUGGAUAUGUCUCAUUUCUACCCACUUUCACUUUAUCAGCGGCAGUGGGUAGUGUAGUGGGUGUUGUUUCUCGUGUUCUGUACUUAUGUGUUUUUUGGGGGGCCUCUGGGCGUUGUAUUUGAUCAUUGUUUGAUGUUUCUCGCAAGUUGCAACAUCUAAUACUAGGAAUGUAGAGUCUUCUUGCGACAGAUAUAGUUUUGAUUGUAACUAAACUGAACUGAAACCAAUAAUGGUUAGUCCAUAAUGAUUCGGCUGCCUGAGCGGGUGGUCAUAAUAUCCUAAUUUCAGUUCUGCAA